ACCCCUCAACACUCUUCUCAUUUCCUCUUCGCCGCCGCCCCGAAAGCCCAGUUUCUCUCCUCUCAAAUUCCGACCCCUAAACAUGCCGCCGAAGUUCGACCCAACCCAAGUCGUCGACGUAUUCGUGCGAGUCACCGGCGGUGAAGUCGGAGCAGCCAGUUCACUCGCACCCAAAAUCGGUCCUUUGGGUCUAUCCCCCAAGAAAAUUGGUGAAGACAUCGCUAAGGAAACCGCCAAGGAAUGGAAGGGCUUACGCGUCACCGUCAAGCUUACUGUCCAGAACCGGCAAGCUAAAGUCACUGUAGUCCCAUCCGCCGCCGCUCUGGUCAUCAAGGCUUUGAAAGAGCCUGAAAGGGAUCGUAAGAAGACGAAGAAUAUUAAGCAUAAUGGGAAUAUUAGCCUUGAUGAUGUGAUCGAGAUCGCGAAAGUCAUGAAGCCUAGAUCCAUGGCUAAGGACCUGAGAGGAACCGUGAAGGAGAUUUUGGGAACUUGUGUUUCCGUUGGGUGUACGGUUGAUGGGAAAGACCCCAAAGAUCUGCAGCAGGAGAUCUCCGAUGGGGAAAUUGAUGUUCCCUUGGAGUAAAACCAAAUGAAAGAAACUGGGUUUUUCUCUUCUGCUUUACUUAAUUGUUUUCUUUUCAAAAGUUUGUGUUUUAUAAGUUCUUUAGGUAGUUGUUAAAAAGAUGAUAAUGAUUAAGUUUCCUAGGGGGUUUAAUGAUUAAGGAAAUUGUCUAGCUGGUGAGCCUAUGUUCUGAAUUUUGCUUAUUGUGGAACUUCAUACUUGGAUGAAAUUUUCAAUUUUGAUGAAUGCAUUUUUCAACUGCA